CAGCUUUCUGUCAGUGAGUGAAGAGGUGAAGUUGAGGGAAGUGGUAUCUGCCUCAUGUUCGGUGUCUCACUCCUGCCCAUCUUAUCCCCCUCUCCUCACCUGGAACCGCUCCGGAGCACGCAGUGUCCAAUCACAGCAGCUGACCAACGGCCAGUGGGAAGUGACAUCAUCCCUGACCUUUAACCCCACCAUCAGUGAUAACAACCAGCCUCUGGUCUGCACAGCAGCAUUCAGGGGAGGGAAGACAGUGAACAGGUCUAAAACUCUCAAUGUCAAAUGUAAAGUGGAACAAUCCUGUCCAGCACUAAGAGGAAGGGAUGGGGAUUGAAAAAUUACCAUGGCAUUUUCUUACUCACUUCUUUUGGCUUGGAGUGAUGGGAGUUGAUGCCUCGUCAUGGACUGCUGACGUGCCCAAGUCCGUCUCCGGCCUACGGGGCUCAUGCAUCGUGAUUCCCUGCUCAUUCAACUACCCAGAACCAGAGAAGAAGCCCUCCAAAUUCACUGGCAUCUGGUUGAAAGGCACCCAUGAUACUAUAUUCCACCCAGACAUAUCCAACAUCAUCAAAGACUACAGGGGCCGUACAGAGCUGGUGGGAGACCUCCGGCAGAAGAACUGCUCUCUCAGAAUCGACCCCCUCCAUGACAGUGACAAAGGAUCCUUUACUUUCAGGAUUGAAAUGGAAGACCAUAACAAGUAUUCAUACAAAAAGGACACAGUCUCCAUUACAGUGAGCAGCUCUCCAGACCCCCCCUCUCUGUCAGUGAGGGAGGAGGUGAAGGUGGGGGAAGUGGUUUCUGCCUCCUGCUCUGUGUCUCACUCCUGCCCAUCUGAUUUCCCUCUCCUAACCUGGAGCCACUCCGGAACACACAGUGUCCAAUCACAGCAGCUGACCAAUGUCCAGUGGGAAGUGACGUCAUCCCUGACCUUUAGCCCCAGCAGCACUGAUCACAACCAGUCUCUGGUCUGCACAGCAGCAUACAGGGGAGGGAAGACAGUAAAAAGUUUGAAAACUCUCAAUGUCAAAUAUAAGAUGUCGAUGCUGUACAUUUCAAUUGGUAUUGCUGCAUUAGUGGUGGUAGUAAUACUAAUUUCCAUGUCAGCUUGCCUUUUGAACAGGAAGGGUGGGAGGAGUCAUAGGGACCCAUCAGUAACCUGCAAGCAGGAAGUGCAUACAGCCAAGUGUGCUUCCUCAGAUUCCUCAACAUCAAGGAAAGAGCAGACAGACACCAGCAGUGAAAUCCACACAAACUACUACACCAACGAUCACGUAUAUGGAAACAUGGAGACUGAAGAGGAUGGUGACCCAUACGAGUGUGAUGGUGGAGAUGAUGCAGUCUAUGGUAACAUGUGAACACAACAGGAAGCAUGUGGAAGUCAGCUGGCCCAGAGGCCAUGGUGUUCAGUCUCUCAAAGGUUCCAGUAAAAUAUUAACAUUUUAACCCAAUGUAGCAGAACAUAUUAUAUAUAUAUAUAUAUCUAUCUAUCUAUAUAUAUUAUAUAUUAUAUGAUAUGUUCUGCUACAUUGGGUUAAAUGUUAAUAUUUUAAAACCAAACUGUCUAUCAUAUAUAUAAUAUAUUAUAUUUGUUAGCUUGAUGUAGGUUUAUGGUACUAUUGGCUAAAGAAAAUGGUACAUUCUUAUUUCGGAUGUGGCUUUGUGUUAUAUUUUUUACAAGGCUUAUGUUUAUUAUCUAUGGCUUGGAUAAUUUAGAAAUGUUUUUACUAAAUGUCAAUUAUACACAAAAUACUAACCAGUACUUAACAAUAGCUUGUUUCACACUUCCCCAGUUGUCUAUUGCAAUUGUGUGUUGAGGCGGCAGGUAGCCUAGUGGUUAGAGCUUUGGGCCAGUAACCGAAAGGCUGUAAGAUUGAAUCCCUGAGCUGACAAGUUGAAAAUCUGUCGUUCUUCCUCUGAACAAGGCGGUUAACCCACUGUUCCUAGGCUGUCAUUGUAAAUAAUACUUUGUUCUUAUACUGACUUGUCUAGUUAAGUAAAGGUUCAAAUAAAAUAAACAUUUAAAAUCUGAGGAUA